AUGCUUGGAAACACAGCUGGUGACCUUGAGGCAAAGAAUGCCCUUGGUGGUCUUUUAUCUAACUUUGAUAAACCAGUACAGGGUUCUGAAGACUUCGCAUGUUUCCCGAUCUUUUACAAUCUUCAAAGUGCUCCUUUAAUGUUUACAUUUGGAUCAAGUGCUCUAGGAUCACCUGCCUCAUCCCCACCGUCUAAAUCCUGUGAUAUACCUUCAAUGUGUCCGUUACCUGGUAAAACAUGUAGUGCGAAUGACGUUAUCCCAAAUAGUUCUGGAUGUCCAAAUCCUACACUAAUCACGGAAGAACUAACAUCAACUACUCCUGAACCAACAACAACCACACCAGAACCUUCAACAACUACUCCUGAACCAAGAACAACCAUUACUCCUGAAACAACAACCACCACGCAAAAACUAACAACCACGCCAGAACCUUCAACAACUACUCCUGAACCAACAACAACUACCCCUGAACCAACAACCACCACGCCAGAACCUUCAACAGCUACUUCUGAACCAACAACAACCACUACUCCUGAACCAACAACAACUACCCCUGAACCAACAACCACCACGCCAGAACCUUCAACAACUACUUCUGAACCAACAACAACCACUACUGCUGAACCAACAACAACUACACCUAAAUUAACAACAACCACACCUGAACCAACAACUACGUCAGAACCAAUAACAACCACGCCUGAACUAACAACAACUACACAUGUGCCUACAACUACGUCUGAACCAAAAACAACGACUCAUGGUUAUCGCAGCCAUUGCAGGAAUAGAAAUCCCCGACGGCCUUAGUGUCAUCAUAUAGUGACAUAGUGCAUAACCAAUCCAAAUAUGUGGAUACAAAUAAGACAAAUAAAAACUAUUUGACUUCAUAGUUUUGUCACUUUUCAAUCAAGUAACUGU